CUCUCAUCCGCCAAGUUACACCACCAUCCUCAACCACCACCCCUCCGCCAACACCGCAUCAGCGCAGGAACUCACGGCUGUGCUGUUGCGCGCUGCUUUUCCCGCUCGCAGCCUCCAGGCCCCAAUCCUACAUUCGCUGCGCCCUGGCUCUAGCCGCUGAUUGCGCCGCACAUGCGACGUGCAGGAACGUGGUUUGCCGACCAACCUUUCUGGAUAGCCUCGCAACAAGAACCCCCUUGAGCCAAGGGAGAGAGAGAGUGUGUGUGUGUGUUGCCCAUCAUCAUCACUCGCUCGUCAGCACGGCGCCGUGCGUCACCAAGACAAGGGGAGGCCUGGUCGCGUAGCCGCGGCCUGUACUCUCCUGCAUGGCUGGAACCAUGGACGAGCAUGUCGCCAUGGACGUAGACGAUCAUCCGAUGGAGGGCGUCGAGGGGACCAACGGCCUCGGGGCAAAGGACGACAACCUCGCAGAUGAGGACGACGACAACACGGCGUCUGACUAUCCCGGCUCCGACGAAUACAGUGAUGCAGAACCGGAUGAAGUCGCGCUGGACCAGCUUCGUCGCCGCGGCCUCCUCCCUACCGGGUGCUGCUACGAUGACCGGAUGAAGCUGCACAUGAACGCCGACUUCAGCCCCAACACACACCAUCCCGAGGAUCCCCGACGCAUUCACGAAAUCUUCAAAGCAUUCAAGAAAAUGGGUCUUGUGUAUACUGGGCCCGAAUCUGAGCUACCGCGCAUCAUCAAAGAGUGUCCGACAAAGUACAUGUGGAGGAUUCCAGCCCGUGCCGCCACCCGGGAGGAGAUCUGUCUAGCCCACUCCGCGGAUCACUUGGCUUGGGUCGAGAACCUCGAUACAGUCAGUACCUCGGAGCUCCGUGAGCUCACCAAGCGGUACGAUCAAGGCCGAGAAUCGCUUUACGUUGGGAGCAUGUCGCACUCUGCAGCUCUGCUCUCCGCCGGCGGCGCAAUCGACACCUGCAAAAACGUCGUCAAUGGCCAAGUCAAAAACGCUUUCGCUGUCAUCCGGCCACCGGGGCAUCACGCGGAGUGGGACGCACCGAUGGGCUUCUGCUUCUUCAACAACGUCCCCGUGGCUGUCCGUGUCUGCCAGCAGGACUACCCUGAUAUCUGUCGAAAGGUCCUUAUCCUCGACUGGGACGUGCACCACGGCAACGGCAUCCAGAACAUCUUUUACCAGGACCCAAAUGUUCUGUACAUUUCCAUUCACGUAUACCAGAAUGGCCACUUCUAUCCUGGAAAACCCCCGAACCCCAUGACCCCCGACGGCGGCAUCGAGAACUGCGGUACGGGUCCCGGUCUCGGCAAGAACAUCAACAUUGGCUGGCAUGACCAAGGCAUGGGUGACGGCGAAUACAUGGCGGCAUUUCAGAAAAUCGUCAUGCCGAUUGCCCAAGAGUUCAAUCCUGACCUCGUGGUGAUCUCUGCCGGGUUUGAUGCCGCGGAUGGCGAUGAGCUUGGGGGCUGCUUCGUUACGCCGGCGUGCUACGCCCACAUGACGCAUAUGCUCAUGUCGCUUGCAGAUGGAAAGGUAGCAGUGUGUCUCGAAGGCGGUUACAACCUUGCGGCGAUCUCCACUUCGUCGGUGGCCGUAGCAAGAACUUUGAUGGGCGAGCCUCCUCCAAAGAUGGUCAUCCCGAGCAUCAACAGGGAAGCCGCGAGAAUUCUUGCCAAGGUGCAGGCGCACCAGGCACCAUACUGGCAGUGUAUGCGUGCUGGCGUCGUCAACGUACCAGAAGUACAAUCCCUCAACGCCCACAGGCUACACGAUGUCAUCAGGAACGCCCAGAGACAGGUGCUGCUGGAGAAGCACAAUAUGGUGCCUUUGUAUGUGCAGCGAGAGCAGCUGUACAGGUCUUUCGAAAAUCAGGUUCUCGUUACCCCUGACCUACAAGAUGCGAAGAAGAUACUGGUUAUUAUCCACGAUCCCCCUCAGCUUUUGGCUCAACCUGAUGUUGUUGACUCCUCUCUGGAGCCCCAUAACGCCUGGGUGGUGGACGGCGUCACACAAUACAUCGACUGGGCGGUCAGUAAUAAGUUUGGUGUCAUGGACAUCAAUGUCCCAGCAUACAUUACACACGAAGAGGACGCCGAAUCAUACGAAGCUCCAGUUUCGGAGAAAGGCCUUCAGGAGCAGAUGCAGCAAUUGAUGUGCUACCUGUGGGACAACUUCAUCCAGCUGUAUGAUGCAAAUGAGAUAUUCUUGCUCGGCGUCGGCAACGCGUACCUUGGAGUCAAGAUGCUGCUCAUAAACCGAGAUUGCAAAUCCAAAAUCACAGGCAUUGUCAACUUCGCCACGGGUAACCUCCGCCCCGUCAAGUCCGACAUCGACACGGACUUGUCGUUGUGGUACAAGGAAAACUCAAGGGUAUACGUUGCAGGCGACCACGCCUGCUGGACAGACCACGAUUUGACGAAGAAGGUUCACAAGAGACGCUUCGGCACCGUCGUGCGCAGCCAGAUGGUCGGGUUAAAUAAGAUGAUGCAAGAACAUGCUGAGGAGGCGCAGGACUGGAUCAUGGCGCGGGUGCCCGUAGCCAGUGGCGGCGAGACGACUGAAGAGGAAGACAGGUCGCCGUCAUAAGCGACCCUCGGUGCAAUUUCUUAUGUUUCUGGUAGAACUUGCGUUUGUCGUCGCCAGAUCAGGUGGCAACAGGCGUCUUCCGGGGCCCGGAGUCAGGGCGGCAGAGAGUCGGGUGUUGGCUGAAGAAUAUCCUUUAUAUACAGCUCAAGUUGCCUGAAGACAGUUAACGCAAGAUAGGCA